AUUAGCAAACCAUAAGAGACUUACUUCCACAUUUGAAGGUCCUCGUUUCUCUUCAUGUACAAAACCAUCCAACUGACAUUCUUGGUCAUGAAAAUGGGCAUACCUAACAUCACCAUAUCGAGAUGAGUGAGCCGGAUUCUUCUUCGUCAGUACGUGACAUAGCUCGGUAUCAAAAACAUUCCCAUCAUACCCUACAGCACUCGUAGAUGUAAAUGCACCAGUCUGUUUUCGUUUUGGAUUGAAUUUAGUUGAUUGAACCAUGUCGUCCUUGAAAGAGAUCGUUUCUGGGCUACCCCUGGAUCCCUUGCCACCCAAGAGAGUGCGAGACGAGAGCAUCGUACAUGCUCCGAAACGAAAGCUCAGCUUGUCCGUUGACGAGCAAAAGUUGGCUAUCCAGAAUGCAUUACGCUACUUUCCGCCAACACACCAUGCUACUUUGGCCCCAGAAUUUCGGGACGAACUUGAUGAGUACGGCCAUAUCUACAUGUACCGAUUAAUGCCACAGUUGGACCUCAGAGCCUAUCCAAUUGAAGAGAUACCAAGCCGGACUAAGGCUGGAGCAGCUAUCAUCCACAUGAUCAUGAACAACUUGGACCGGAAAGUGGCUCAAUUCCCCCAGGAGCUGGUCACUUACGGCGGAAAUGGCCAAGUGUUCUCCAAUUGGGCCCAGUUUUGGCUCGUUAUGCACUACCUAUCAACUAUGGAUGAAAGUCAAACCUUGGUGAUGUACUCCGGGCAUCCGUUGGGCUUGUUCCCGAGUUUGCCACAAAAUCCCAGACUGGUCAUCACUAAUGGCAUGGUGGUGCCCAACUACUCCACCCGGACCGACUAUGAUAAAAUGUUUGGUCUUGGAGUCACCAUGUAUGGGCAGAUGACGGCCGGCAGUUACUGUUACAUCGGUCCCCAAGGCAUUGUCCAUGGAACCACCUUAACGGUGCUGAACGCUGGACGGAAAUAUCUGGGCCUGGAUUCUCUAGCUGGAAAAGCCUACCUCACCUCUGGAUUAGGAGGAAUGAGCGGUGCUCAAGCCAAGUCUGCCGUGAUUUGCGGUUGUGUGGGUAUAAUUGCCGAGGUCAGCUUGGAAGCUCUGCAAAAGCGACAUCAACAAGGCUGGCUUUGUGAAAUCGUGGACAAUUUGGACGACUUGGUCAAACGAGUUCGUGAGGCCAAAGCCCAAAAAGAGGCCACUAGCAUUGGAUACCAUGGCAACAUAGUAGCCGUUUGGGAACGAUUUGUCCAGGAACUCGAGUCCACCGGGGAACUUCUGGCGGAGUUGGGAUCAGAUCAAACCUCAUGCCAUAACCCGUUCAAUGGGGGAUACUACCCAGUCCAAUUGGCAUUUGAGGACGGCCAAAAGCUUCUGGCGAGUGAUCCCGCCCAGUUCCAAUCGCUUGUUGAAGAGAGCUUGCGACGUCACGUCAAGGCCAUUAAUACACUUUCUGACGCAGGCCUUUUCUUUUGGGAUUAUGGCAAUGCGUUCUUGCUAGAAGCUCGACGAGCUGGUGCGGAUGUAGGAGCCAAAGUGGAAGCCAAUGCCGAAAAUACCAAGGCCCAGAAGUUGGGAAAUGGAACAAGGAAAGUGGAUGAACUUGGAAUUAAUCCUGGAUCCCAGUCGAAGAAAGGAAAAGAAGAUUGCGACGACGGAGGCUCUGGCAUUGCUUUCCGCUAUCCUUCUUAUGUACAGGAUAUCAUGGGCGACAUUUUCUCCCUGGGAUUUGGUCCAUUUCGUUGGGUUUGUACCUCUGGAGAUCCAGCUGAUUUGGCCAAAACAGAUAAGAUUGCCAUGGAUGUUCUCAGGGGAAUAAUCGAAGAGGGUUUGCCGAAUGAAAUUGUGCAGCAAUAUCAAGAUAACUUGAGAUGGAUGAGCGAAGUUGAUAGACACCAACUGGUCGUGGGUUCCCAAGCUCGAAUUCUUUAUUCGGAUCAACAAGGUCGAGUGGCCAUUGCUUGCGCCUUUAAUCAGGCUGUUGCAAGAGGAGAAUUGAAGGGACCCGUUGUAAUCAGUAGGGAUCAUCACGAUGUAAGUGGAACAGAUAGCCCUUUCCGCGAGACUUCCAACGUGACCGACGGCUCAGCCUUCACUGCAGAUAUGGCCGUUCAAAACUGUAUCGGAGACGCCUUUCGUGGUGCCACCUGGGUAGCGUUGCAUAACGGAGGAGGGUGUGGAUGGGGCGAGGUGAUCAAUGGCGGUUUUGGUUUGGUCUUGGACGGCUCUCAAGAGACUGAAUCUAAGGCAAAUUCCAUGCUGAAUUGGGAUGUGGCCAAUGGCGUCGCCAGACGAAGCUGGAGUGGAAAUGAGAAUGCUCAAAAGACCAUCAAAAAGACCAUGCAACGAGUCCCGAAGUUGGUUGUGACUACACCGAAUCCGAUUUUGGACCCUGAACUUCUUGAUCGGCUCUUUUAACGAUCUUUGGACAAUUUAGUGGUGUCCUCAAGGACAUAUAUCACGAUAUAAAGGAAAUGGUUUAUUGUUAAGCACGACAAUAAAUUAAGAAAACAUGAAAAGUUU